AUGAGGAGAACAGAACUAUUGGCUAAUGAUCUUAUGUUGCAACCUGAUUUAGGACUGAAAGAAGCACCGUGUAUCUCACUGGCUAUUGAUGAAUCAACAGACAGUACUGACCAUGCUCAACUCAUGGUUUUUGUUAGAUAUUAUGAUGCAAGGAAGAAAGAAUUUUGCCAGGACUUGUUGGGUGUGACUGAUCUCAAAGGAAGAACACGAGGAGAGGAUAUCUAUGGAGCUUUGAAAGGCAUGUUAGAAUCAAGAAAUAUUGAUGUUAAAUCCAUAUUUUCACUGACUACAGAUGGAGCCCCAGCUAUGGUUGGGCGAGAGAAGAGACUAGUUGCAAGAUUAAAAGAAGAUAAUGCUGACAUGAUGACUAACCACUGCAUAAUCCACCAAUCAGUACUGUGUGCUAGUCUUGGAGAUGAAUAUAGAGAAGUCAUGGAGACUAUCAUGAAGCUAGUAAACUUCCUUCGAUCUACAUCGGCACUCCAACAUCGUCUACUCAGAACCUUUCUUACCGAGGUCAAUGCAAGACAUGAUGAUUUACUAGUGCACAACAAUGUGAGAUGGCUAAGUAAGGGAAGAGUUUUGGAGCGAUUUUGGGCAAUUAGGAAGGAGUUACAGACUUUCCUCGAAAGUCAAAACAGUGUGAAGGCAAAUGCAUUUUCUGAUUUUUUGAAAGAUGACAAGAAAAUGGAAACUGUUGGAUUUUUGACAGACAUGAUGUCACAUAUGAAUGAUCUUAAUGUCAAACUUCGAGGGGAAAAACACACCAUCUUCAAUUUGAUCUCAGUAAUUCGUGCUUUCCAGAAAAAAAUGGAUCUUUUCAAAACUGAUAUUCAAAGCCAACUUUUGCAUUUUCCCAGACUUUUGGAGCAACGUAAUGAUGAAACAGGUACUAAUCAUGUUCAAUUUAUUGAGAACCUAAUCAAUAAUUUCAAGGUGCGCUUUGAUGACUUUGUUCUUGGAAAUCAGUUGCUGCUGUUCAUUCAAAACCCUUUUCUAGUGACAGAUAUAACAGAAUUUUCAGACGAAGCAAAACUCGCCUGCAAAUGGGUAGAUGCUGCAAAAAUCCAACUGGAAAUCAUUGACUUUCAAGAGAAUGUAGAGCUGAAACAAAUACUCUGUGAUUGUUCACCAGAAACAUUUUGGUCAAAGGAAGGAUCCCCUGCUAAUUUCCCUACUCUUCAUAGACUAGCAGUGCAAAUUCUCACAAUGUUUGGCUCCACUUACUCCUGUGAGUCUGCUUUCUCUACUAUGAACUUUGUGAAGAACAAGUUUCGCUCAUGCAUGACCAGUGAACACCUCCACCACUGUACUCGACUGGCUGUCACCAAAUUAGUACCGAGAUUCAGCGAGUUGAUAAGGAACAAGAAGUGUAUAUUAAACUACAUUAGCAUACCUGCACUACACGUGAUUAGUGUAAAUGUUUCAUCUUGA